AUGGCAAACGUGUAUGAAUCAUACUCGACUCCGUUUUUCCACAUUUGGGAAAAAUAUAAAAGCCCCCGGGAGUGGAGACCUGCGCGGACGAGGCCUGUGAUGACUGCUGUCCAAGAUACCACAUUUCUUGACGGCAUUUCGUCAAAAACCGAACACCCCUCAAGAACUCUUCCAUUCUUCAUGUACAUGUCGAGAACCGAACUCCCAACGAAAACUGAGCGGAUGAAGCUGGAUUUUAUGGAGCCGCACGCUUUCAAAGCAAGGCUGAGUAUGAAUGGGUCCAUUACGACAUCCGGGUCGACCCACAUUUUCGAGAAUAAAGAAAUUGCUUCGGAUGGGUCUGAGGAGCUGAUGUAG